AACCGGUUAUUCUGGUUUUCGCAUUACGUGUUGUCACGAAAGUGAGACAGGGCUCUCAACACUAGUUCAUUCUCUCAUCCAAUCCCUCAGUUGAAACUAGUUGAAACCAGUUGAAACCAGUUUGUGAUCGCAUGACUUAAUUCGAUGCCUAAUUUGAAUACAAGUGUUGCCUGAGCGUCUGGGUCGAACAGCACGUGUUUUAAGCACUGCGACUGAACUGACUCCAAAUGGCUAUCAACAGACGCGACUUGAAGGUGAUCUCGAUCACCCAGCUCAUCCUUUGUUUGGUGUUUCUCAUUUUGGGCCUUGUGGAUGGAUUAACUGUGCGAUUCGUGUAUUCCAGCUUGACUUACACACCAUGCUGGUUAGCGACCCUUGUGUUUAACGCUGGUUUGAUGGGCUUGGUUCUAAGCGGCAUGUAUAGACCUUCCUUGACUCUGAUGAAUUUCUUGCAGUCUGUGAGCGUAACCUGUGCUACAAUGUCAGCGAUAACCGUGUACCACUACAUGUUCGCUUGGUCCAAAUUGAUAGCUUUGAAUUCGGAAGGUUACUUUCUCAGCAAUACAAAUCGCUAUUUCCUGGGUAAAGACGAGGAUACAAAAUUCACUGAAAAGCAAAAAUCCAUGGUGGCUGUUUCUUUCCUGAUUAUCAUAUGUUCCAUCAUUGAGAUCAUUCUCGCGAUAGCAGCCAUCAGGAGCAGUAAUAUAGAUGCUCAGGGCCCGCAGGAAUCUCAAGUAAGUGAAAUAAAGGAUUGACCUAUUGUUCAUUUUUACAGGCUCAAAUUCCGUUGCAAUCGAUUUGAAAUCAGUUUGAUGGUCAGUCAGUCGAUCAUUCGGUCAGUCUGUCAAUCAGUUUGGCAGUCAGUCAGUCAGUCAGUUAUCAAUCAGUCAGUCGGCAGUCAGUCGGGUGGUCAGUUGAUGAGUUGGUCAGUCAGUCAAUUGGUCAGUCAGUCAGUCGGUCA